AUGAAUUGACUGCUAAUAAAUUAUUACAUUAUCAUAUUGAAAAUUUUGCCUUGGAUAGCCUAAUUUCUUAUGUGGAAAAGUUAAAUAUUCCCUGUCAGGACAACGCAAAAAAAGUACUCAUCGUAAAAAAUACUACUCCGACCGGUCAGAUUAGCCCCUUGGUGAAUAAAUUAUUAAAAGAAUAUUUAAAGCAGCAAAAACGGGAGCAAUUAAUUUCGGACUAUAAGUCCACCGGCAAAAGCAAAGCCAUGCGGGAGGAAGAUAAAAUUUAUGAAGGAAGCAUUGAAGAUGGCAUCGAGGAGUAA